ACUCUAACCAGUGAACAAAGGUGUGUUCUAUCAGUAUUAAUCGAGUUUCUUUAGAUACUCGUACAGAAACGUACGGAGAGAAACAAACGCACAAAGGAGAUUUUUAUUAUCAUUUAAAAUAAAUCAGUGCAGCGAAAGUGAAAGUGAAAACAAUGUUCCCCACGAAUACAUACUCAUUAAAAGAAGCAUUCAAAAAAAAUCCUGAUCUCAAAGAAUCAGACUUACAAAUAAUUCGUGAAUGGCUUGAUAAGCAGCCACAUUUGCCAAAAAUAGAGGAUAUCUAUCUGGUAUUAUUCCUUAACAGUAAUUAUUAUAAGCUAGAACCAACUAAAAUUACGAUUGAAAACUUUUAUACUAUUAGGACUCAUGUGCCCGAAUUUUUUAGCAACAGAGACCCAUUCUUGAAAGAAAUUCGUACACAAUUCAAUGUUAUAUCCCACAUCCCAUUAAAGAAAAUGACCAAUGAAGGAUAUCAAAUAAUAUUUGGAAAUAUGAUAGAUCCUGAACCAUCUCAUUACGUAUUCUAUGAAGGCGUAAAAUAUUUUUUUAUGGUGGCAGAAUUAGCCAAUAUUAAGGAAGGACCAACUAAGGGAUUAGUUUAUAUUGGUGAUGUACAGAACUUAUCGCUCGGUCACAUAAGUCGUAUAAAUCUUAUGGGAAUAAAAAAAUUUCUAUAUUUCAUACAAGAAGCAGCACCGAUUCGUUUGAAGCAAAUACAUAUAUUGAAUUCUACACCGGCGAUGGAGCUCUUGAUGAAUAUGUGUAAACCUUUUAUGAAGAAGGAGUUAUACGAGAUGAUACACUUUUCAACUUUACAAAGUUUGGAAAAAUUUAUACCCGUUGAUGCACUUCCCAACGAGAUAGGAGGCAAAGGUGGUAAUGUGAAAGAUCUCGUUAACGAGCAAAUAAAAUUGCUUGAUGAAAAUCGCGAGUGGUUUUUGAAAGAAGAAAUUACUAUGCGAACGAAUGAAUCAUUACGAGUUGGAAAGCCUAAAUCGAGCAAUGAUCUUUUUGGUGUCGAAGGAAGCUUCAAGAAAAUCGAGAUCGAUUAAACGAAUAGAUCGAUUUUAUAAAAAAUAUGACGGAUAUGUAUACUUUCUUUUCGAUAAAUUCUCGAAUGAACUACAAUAACAGGGCAUUUUUUCUUCAAUAUUUAUGGAUGGGAUAAUAAAUUUAUUACGAGAUUUUUAUAUGAUAAUGAUAUUUCAAUAAAUUGUUUUAUCUUCUAAAGUUAAAUCAAUCAUGAAAAACGU